AUGGUUUCGAAACCUUUUCCGCCCUAUUUCUGGUUCUUCUCCGCAUUGGCGGAACCGCUGAGGUCUUUUAUAUGUGUCAUCUCAUUCCUAUGCCCCGAGUCAAAACUCUUUGACAAAAAGUUGGAACAGGAUGAUUGGGAGUGGGAAGACGGUAUAGAAGUUACAAGUGAUGGAUUGGUUUAUCCUAAGAUAAGUUUGGACGUAUCAAAUGGGGCGCUCUUUAUGCCAAACACCCACUUCACGCAAGCAGUGACACGAAGGUCAUUUGACAAUUACCUAAACGCUACAGAGAACGGCCAGCCUGCAGCCAGUUCCCUUUACUUGUCCAUCUCAAAAGUUAAGCAAGCGAUCAUUGCUUGUAUUAGAGCUGGAUACUAA